CAGAUUGGAAAGCGGUGGCGAAUUCCUCUUCCAAUCACAGAACGAUUCAGAGAUGAACACGUGGAUUUCAAAUAUAAAUUCUCACGCAGACACCGAAUCUGCCGGUCCUUCUCGCUCACAUACAUUACCAGCAUCUGGGCAGAAGGAGGAUUCCAAACGUCGCAGCUUCUUUACUUUAAAGAAAACGUAA